AUGGCUACCACCACAACUCCCGCUGCUUCAAUGCCCAAACGACAGGCUUUCAAUAGAGAAACGAAGAGCUUGAUUGAUUCCUUGGGUGGUGGAGUGGAAUCAAUGACUCCCCGAUCUUCCCGAUCUGCUCGCAACUCUAAUCCAGUUUCUCCACUUCCUUCACCGGGUCCAUCUCGUUCAGCUUUUCGUGUUCCAUCCCGUCGUCGUAUCUCACGUCAGAACACCACCGACACAAGUUCAUCCUCUUCAUCUCAGCACCACAUCCAACCCUCUAUUCCGAACCUGACUAACAGUCCAGCAACAACGAGCCCUUUGGCGAUCAAUCAACCAGCUUUUGUAUCAACUUCUGCACUUCCCAACCCUGACCCCGUUUCGCAGCCUCUUACUUCUCAUUCUGGCACACCUAUCAAACGCAAACGCACUCGCACUAAAUCAUCCGGCAAUCAUCGACCCGGGUCUGACAGCAGUCUCAGUGACUUGAGUGAUGCGGACCAUCUCAAACAUCCUGCGAAAAAGGUUGCACAUUCUCAACCCACAUCAAAUCUCAAUGACCUCCCAUUGGGCUCAUCUUCCUCGAGCUCCAACCUCAACAUAACAGUCACUGAUGCUAGUUUGGAAAACACGAAUUCAACCCUCCUCGCACCUCAAGCCAGCUCAUCAACGUCUCUCGAUCCACUCCACAUUGCACAGUCUGGACUUCCUCUAGUUGAUCAACCAGUACUGAAGGCUCAACGGCUGAUCUUGAAACCUCCUAUGCCCAAACCUGGUUCUGCAGAGAUCAGAAACUCAAAAUUACCCACUCUGCCUAUUCCUAAGAUUAACUUGCCCCCCAAGUCAGAUUUUGGGUCCACCAAAUCUAAGGGUAAGGCGAAAGCUUCGCAAGCUCCACCUACAAAGGGAGCCAAGGGGCGUUUAGCAAAACCGACAUCGCUUCGUUGCUCUCGAUCGGUCUCUCAUACACCUCGCUCUAGGAGACUGACGGAGCAACAGAAACAAGAAAUUGAGCAGAAACGCCUCAAGCUUUUGGCCAGCUUGGAUGAGGAAGAGGAGAUGAUCCGGUCUUCGACUCAUCCUUUGUUAGUCGAGCUACAGGCCAACAUCGACCGAGGAAGGCAUGUGAAGCUGCGCCAGGCUCACCUCAAACAUGAAGCUUUGAAGACUUAUCUUGGUCGGCAACAGCAUGAGCAAGAGCAGAGGGUCUGGGCUACCUGGGCCGAUGAGAAAGUCCGGUUGAGAUCAGAGCUCUUGGUCAAAUGUCAAAUUCAAUUGGCACGCGCGCCUUUCGAAUUUGUAAUGUCUAACGAAACCUCAAAUCUUCAAGCUAUGUUCCAUCUUUCACCGCCUCCGAAGCUUACUCCGUUCGUUCCUAACGCUGCGUGCACUAUCAGCGCCGACUCCUUGGUCCCUGGUCUGGAGCGCCAGAGAAUCAAAAACCAUGCGAUGUGGUACCUACCAAACACGGCAAUCGAAGCGGACCUUGCGCUCCUUCGUGGACCUGCAAAAAGUCAUCCUAUCUACACAGCUGGCGAUCAGAUGACUCGAGCAUCGACGCAGACCAAGCCUACGACCAGCUCAAAUAGCACUGUCAUUGCCACUACUCAAGACGUCAAACGAAGUCCAAAAAAGUGGAAGAGCGAGCACAAGGUGCCUUCAGACGCUCAUACUCAGCCAAUGCAUUCGCUUCCAGCGGAUGAUCUCAAGAUUCUCAGACAAAGGCCAGGCGUGAAUCCUACCCGCAAUGAAUCAUCUCCUGUAGCUUUUUCUCCUAUCCCUUCCACAUCUCAAGUAUUCGCUACAUCGAAAGUAGCACAUACAAGUGAAGUAGACAAAGGCUCGAUGGCUCGAGCUUGCAGUGAUGCCAAAUUCAACACUCGCCACGACUCUCGCAACGACGAACGACCGUUGAGCAAGGAUCCAAGGCGUCGCAGUAGCCGUCAACCCAUCCAGAAUUUCGACAACAGUUCGGAGCCAGCCUCCGUGUCACACAAGGAAAGACCCAAUAAGGCGACAGGUAUCUCAGCUGAUCGUGCUGCCACUACCCCAUCAGGCGUUGACAGACGUGGUGCAGUACCCUCAUGGGCAUCCACAAAAUCCACCCAGCCCUCCGCCACUAUCUUAUGCCCUAAUCACGGUAGUUUUCCUGAACGAGAUCAUGCUGUUGAUCCGUUUCAAUAUAUAGCUCCUCCUACUGCACCUCGCCCCCCACAUCCACCCACUCACAAUCACGUCUCAUCGGAGUCUUCAUAUGAACCUUACCAGGCGGCCAACAAGUCAGGAAAUCAUACUGCAUCACCCAGUCUUGCAAACAAUCGUGACUACUGGCAAGCGACAAAGCACCGUCGAUCCGUAGGCUCAGAGCCAAUGAAUCUAGCUCGAGAACCCCGCGGUCCUCUUCAUUCGACCAGUCGUGAUUUGCCUAAUGUGGGUACAGAACAAGCAGGAGAACGAUUCAGGGGCUUUUAUCCGAGUUUUGAGCAGUAUGAAUCCCAGCAUCGAUCAGAUCAUUCUUCACCUCGUGUAUCCAAUUUGACUGGUUCAGACAGCGUCGGCAUCCACUUGACACGACCCACUUCGGCUCCCCAUCAUGCGGUACCCACUGGUACAUACGGUUCUGUCACUUCAUCAACGUCUUACCAAGAAGCAAGUAGCAUGAGCAAAAGCUUUAGUGCUGACUGGGAAUCGCAUAAGCGAUAUCAUCUUGAACCUCAUCAGCCGAUAUCACAUCAUCAGCCAAUGCGUGAUACAACGUCAUCUUCGAUGAUGAGCUCUACUGGUUCAGGAGGAGCGAUGAAGAAGAAAGGAGGGAUGGCGAAUUAUCAACCAAAGACUUCAUCAUCAUUAAAGAUGACCAAUCGGGUAGAAUGACUUUUUUUUUCAAACUUAUAGAUUUCAAUUUAUUCAUUUAUUCAAAUCCUUCUUUCUCUACAUCUAUCUUGAUAGUUUUAACAUAGUUUCCUUUUGUUUGCAUAAAACUUUUCUUAUUUUUUUUUGUGUGUGUGAGAGAGAGAGAGAGAGAGAGGAUUCGUAUUUGUUUUUGUUUACCUCUUGAGUGAUCUUAUUUAUUUAACUUUUUUGGUUUGGAUCAUGAAGUGUUAAUUUUUUUUUUGUAUAAGGUUAUGAUUUACAUAAUCAUUAAUAGUGUGUUUGUGUUGUUGUUUUAUUGUUUAAAGAGAAGAUAUGGUAGAAGUCGUAAUGAUUAAAGUUUGUUGAAGU